CUCGAGUUACCGGCAUUUCUUAAGCGUUCUUCACGCAACAACUUUCUUUCAUUAAUAAUUCUUCUGCUGCGCAACAGUUUUAUGAGUAAUAGCGCCAUGGUUGCCGUCGCCAUUUGUUGCAUACUGGUCCUGCUGGCCGUCUUCAUUGUGAUCAUCAUAGUCGUUGGUCAGACGAUGGGUGAGCCCAAGUGAGAUAAACUUCAACUGGGACCCGGUAAUUUCCCAGACGGAUAACAAAGGCCAUCGAUGAAUUGUUAGUUGUUACCAAAUCUUAAAAAUUUACUACC